AUGCAAUUUUUAACCUUGACUAUAAUUCUAACUUUGUCCAUUGCUAUACUUGCGACCACGCCACUACAACUGGAAUACUUCUACUCGCUUACAUUUGAUUCAUCUGGACAGAGCGAAUACAGUGAGUUCAUGAAGUCAUUCUCCUCGAGGUUAUACAAUAGCGAGGGGCUGUAUACUUUGCGAGACUUGCUCAAUCUGUUCUAUGCUCGUAGUGAUGUCUCCAGUGAAUUUUCAGUAGUAGAAAAUGCUGGAUAUUCUGAGUAUACGUCAUUGCGGAUUUCAUUCUUCUCAAAGUUCCAGACUGAGUUGAAUUCUAUCUAUCAGGAUAUGGGCGAACUGAACUACGAUAUCUUGUCAGUUGAAUUCUCGUACAUUUCAUCCCCUUGGAUUGUUUACUCGAAUUCUGAAUCUUCAGGAGAUCAGUACUCAAAUACUUUAGGUUCGAGCAAGUCUGCCAGCCCGUCCAAUCCAAGAUCUUCAGGUAACUUUGCAAAUGAGACUUCCAGCUUCAUGCUAUCUGAGAGUACGACUUCCAUCCCUGAAGUCUCCUCCGGAUCCAUUUCCAAAGUUGGCUCUGAUACUUUGAAUGGAUCCUCUGAUAGUUCCAGCACUCAAGGCGAGGCUUCUGAAAAGACAAGUGCUACUUCAUCCAGCACUGCUGCGGCGAAAUCUAUCAAACCUUUUAUGUUUUUGGGUGCAGUAAUGGGUGGUUUCCCGAUUCUUAUGUUGUAA